AUGGGGCGCGGGCGCAAGUUGAAAAAGGCGGCACAGCCGCUAUCAAAGAACACGCUUCGGGCGCUACACAUAAUUAUGGCUAUCGGUUUCAUCAGUGCAGUACCGCAAAUCCUAACCACGGUGAUGACAACCUGGAGAGAAGCAGAACCCAUCGAGUACAAGUACAUGUUUAGAGGCAGCGAACACUCCCUCUAUGUGGACUAUACUUACUACGGGUUGUACAAAGUGAUUUAUGAUGACAAGCAUGUGGAAACAUGGACUCAGCGAGUACAAAAUAUGCGAAGCAAAGGAAGUGAAGGAAUUCAAGUCGGGCGAAGCAGUGAGGCCGCUGGAAGUUUAUCCCUGUGGACAUCAGCAUGUCAGGAAGCUUGUCGAGAUGCUAUUAUCAGACGCAUAGAAGCCUAUGAAAGGGUUUCAUUCAUUUCGUUAAUUUUGCUGUGUGGAAUUGUUCUCUCCUGUACACUUAUCAUUCUAUGUAUUGGAUGGAAUAUACUUUUCUCGAAGAGUAUUCUUAUUUCGAUGGCUUGCUUUAUGUUGUCAUUUAUAAUAAACGGAGGUAUAGGCACCUACUGGUAUUACGAGACAGACCUUUCUUGGAACCUAGUUACGAAGGCUCAACAAUAUCCUUUUCCCAAAUGCUCCUACUGUUUCUAUAUUUUUAUGAUUACCACAGGGGUGUACGCCUUAUGUUUUUUUUUUCUCCUUAUGUUGGACUUGUACAAUAAGAACUCACAAAAGAAAUCGCACUUGGAUCAAAUGGCUCUACAAAACAGGAACGCCAUGAACGCCAAGAAUUUGUACCAACCGCUAUUCGAUGGACAAGCCAAUAUGAUGAUGUCGAGAAGUGCCAGUUAUACGAAUCUUAUGCCUUUCGGGAAAGGCUCCGAGAUGGGUUUUGGUCCCAUGGGCACCGGAUUGAUGGGUGCAGGACCCCCUGUUCCAAACUUUUUACAAUUUAAUAAAACUAAUUUAAACCAAUAUGGAGGAGUAAAUCAUAAUGGUUUCCCUGGAUUCAGAAAUAUGCCUCCUGGUAUGGGUAUGCCGAUGCCCCCUGGGAUGGCACCAGGGAUGAUCCCGGGGAUGAAUUCUUCCAUGCAAAAUAAUUUAAAUCCCAACUUUUUCCCGCAAAUGCCAAAGCAGUACUCCUACUCUGGCUCCCCAUCAUUCCAACAGAACCUCCCCAACUACAAUAUGUUUCAAGGCCAGAACACGCCAAACGUGUCCUCAGGCAUGUUUUCUCCGCGCCAGUAUUCCGGCGUAGAUUACGAUAAUAUAAACAACCCUUUCAGUGUGAACAAGCCCUUUAAGUUCUGA